AUGCAUAGAUCACUAUCGUCGAGCAGUCUGAGUGCUGUAGGCAUGAAGACAACACAGCACGAAGCAAUAGUCUGGCAGGAAAGCUCUGGCAUAUCAUCAAACACGAAUCCACGACAACGGGGACAGUUUGGUGGAUGUGUAGCAGUAGCACAGCCGCAUAUAAAGAAUGAUAGACUGUGCCGAGAAGACCAAGUUAUAAAAGAUAUGCGAGACACCUUGUCGGUUCAUUUUCUAGGAGGGUGUGAUAGCAGGGCUUCAGAGGAUAAAACUACAAAGUAUACUACACUAUAUUCUAAUGAAGAGCACGCAGUCAAAGGCGUAUUUAAAGGCGAAAUGGUAAAUCUGACACACACACACUCCUAUAUAGACACUGAGAGAGAGGUGCCAGACUUUGUAUGUCUGGGUAUGAAGCAACUAGCAAAGGACUCUAAAGUGGACACGAUGCUCUCCGAUGCAAACCUGUCCGAGUUGUUUGCCCUUGCACACCCACAUCACGUGUCUGAACUGAAGCACAAUGUGGCCAUUCUUCGGCACGUGAAAGGGCUCUUGGUUGCCAAUGGAACGAAGAGCAAGAACAAGCGCACACCAUCGCCCACGCACAAUGACAUCCUCUCCAACCGCACUAUUGAUGGUCUGAAUCUCCACAACAUCACCGCCCACAUAAAUAUCAUGACUUCAAAAGUACACGAUAGUUCAACAACACCGAAUAACAUGCGAUUAGUUAUUAUGGAUGUCGGCUGCGGCAGUGGCAUGUUGUGUGGAAUGUUGUCGCACAUGUACCCCAAGGCCCAGAUUGUAGGCAUUGAUAGGGACACGGAGAAGAUCGCCGCAAGUGCUGCUGCGAGUGGUGGUGAAAGCUAUCCCGGCUUUAUCCAGAAGGAUCUAAUGGAACUCUUGUGCGAUGAAGACAUAGACGAGUGGCUCUGUGAAACACUUGAGCGACAGGGCGUUCACGUGUGCUGUUGUAUAGGACGUUGUGCUGAAGGGUGUACACGACAGUGUGCAAGUAUGGGCGACGGUGCAGUGAGGAGGACAUGUGCACGCGAGACUGCUUGCGUAUGUACGCAGGUGUCAGAAUACAGGGAAACACAAGACACCCAAAUAUGCACGCCAUACUAUAGUUUGCAAAUUGGUACGCGUUCCAAGAUUAUGAGUGGCUUCGAGGAGAACGGGAGUUGUGACGGUUCAACAGAAGUCCCGCGCAGAGCCGGCGAUGAAGUACGCACGAGCACACACAGGUGUAAGACUAGCUAUUGUAUAUGUGGGAAUCAGGGCACAUAUUGCUCCACGGGAGGAGCAAGUGCACAGGGGUGUAUUGAAGAUGUUCAGGUGCUCAUGCUCGGGUCAAAUUUGUGUGGGGAGUUGGCAUCGCAGACCAUCAGAGUUUACCACAGACUGCGCGUUAUUUUACGCAAAGGGCAAUGGCACGGCUGUGCUUGCGAGAGCAGUAAACGUAGUCAACGAUGUAAACAAUGUAAUAAGGAUACUAUGCGCUCCAAUCUUACUGCAGGCUUCUUCAUGCAACCGUGCUGCGCAUCCAAGCAGAGCAUUCCAAAUUCGGUUGCGGCUUCUGAUCAGCUACACCCCGACAAUCGGCACCAUGCACGAGUGUCGCCGAGAAAACCUAGUCUGGACUCUGCGAACGCAUCAGCAAGCACCCCCUCACACAGACACACGACGGCACAUACAGCAACAACUCAUUUGCACUCCGUGGCAGCUACAGGCGUCAGGCCAACUCAAACUAAGCUUGAUGUAGGCGUCACUCCUACUAAGACUGAUGACAUGCGUACAGCAAGUCCUAGAUCGAGCACUUCGGACUAUAGUAGGUUCGCUACAAGAACAAAGCCUCCGGUGAGCCUGGCAGAACGCCAUGCCUCACAUCAUGCGUACUGCACACAGCUGUUUCAGGCAUUGCAGAACGGAGCAUAUAGAGAAGCCCAAACUGGUGCGACACACGAGGGUACAAUCCAAGAAGAUAGCGCCAUAAUGGCCACGUGUGCAUCUAAUAGUCACCACAGUGGAGGUGUAGGUCACAACCACCCGUCAAAAGAGACUGCCUCGGAAGCGAUCGAUAAUGUGCACAGCAACGACGUGGAGCAGACGGCCCAGUUAUCGGUGGAUCUGUCACUAGGGGCACAGCCUUAUGUAUACUAUUUGGUCGCCACGGGGUAAAUCUGUUUAAGUAUAGAGCAGUAUGACAAACGUCGUAG